AUGGCUUCCACUGAUGCGAACCUCCGGGCCUUCUUCCAAGCCCCUAAAUUUGCCGUUGUCGGUGCAAGCACAAACACCGAAAAGUACGGAUACAAGGUGUUCAAGUGGUAUGUCACCCACGGCCUGUCGGUGACCCCCAUCAACCCCGGUUCUCCGGCGAUUGAAGUCGAUGGAAAAGAGAUCCCGACAGUUGGGUCGCUCUCAGCUCUCCAAGAGGCUCCGGAGACAUCCGUCUCGAUUAUCACGCCUCCCCAUGUGACGCAGAAGGCGCUCGAGGAGGCCAAGGGGCUUGGUAUCCAGGCCGUCUUCUUGCAGCCCGGCACUUUCAACGAUGACGUUUUGGCGUACGCGCGGGAGAAUUUCACCACUGUCCUGGCAGGCGAGGGCGGUGCGGGAUCGCAGGGCUGGUGCGUGCUGGUGGAUGGCGAGAGGGGGCUGCAGUAUGCUGGAAAGCUGUGA